GUGUAGUUUCAUUUCGACCGAGAACAAAGAAUCCGAUCCACAAGCCAAAUGGAUAGAUAAACGGGAAAUCAAUGCUAAACCGAAUUACCUGUCGCAUUUCUGACCACCUAUUAUUAAUUUAUCAUACUUUUGCCCAUUUCACGCUUGCAGAUCACGUGCCAACCUCUCCAGCUGCCGGAGACUAGUCGCUGGUCGGAAUCUGGUGGGGGAAACAUGGCGGGAGCUCUGAAUUUGUCAUCGACUCUAUUCUUCAGACAACUUCCGGGCACUAAAACCCAAAAAACCUCCAUUUCUAUUCGAGCGACCUCCCAGCAAUCUGAGAGUUCUUCAACUUCAACUUCCGUGGGGACUAAACAAGAUGAAAACCUAGGAUUUUCAUCCUCAUCUUCUUCAUUUUCUCCUCCGCCCAACUUCAAGCCACCGGAGCCUAAGCGUUUCGGCGUGAGACCCGACAAGAUUUGGGAUGUCUUGGGCGCUUCUCUUUCCUUGAUUUUUCGGCUUGGGACUGGUGUAUUUGUUUCCGGGUACUCGGCAUCUUUGGUUCCCAAAAAUGAGUUCCCUCCAGACAAAUAUGCUCUUGAAAUUGCUGGUUACAAGGUCAAAGAGACUUCAAAGUUAGGGCCUCGCCCAAAGAAGCCUAUUGAAAUAUAUGAGUUUGAAAGUUGUCCAUUUUGCCGGAAGGUCAGGGAAAUUGUUGCUGUGUUAGAUCUUGAUAUUCUAUUCUAUCCUUGCCCUCGAAAUGGUCCAAAUUUCCGUCCCAAGGUUGCUCAGAUGGGAGGAAAGCAGCAAUUUCCAUAUAUGGUGGAUCCAAAUACCGGAGUUGCUAUGUAUGAAUCGGAUGAGAUAAUCAAGUAUCUAGUUCAAAAUUAUGGUGAUGGAAAUGUACCUCUCCUUCUCUCUCUUGGACUUUUGACGACUUUGACAGAAGGCUUUGCUAUGAUUGGUCGUCUGGGCAGGGGUUCUAUUUAUAAGCCAUCAAAGCUACCACCUGCCCCCUUAGAAAUAUGGGCAUAUGAGGGUUCUCCUUUUUGCAAACUUGUUCGUGAAGUACUAGUAGAGUUGGAGUUACCACAUUUAGUACGUUGUUGCGCUCGUGGGAGCCCAAAACGACAAGAGUUGUAUGAGAAGGCGGGAAACUUUCAGGUUCCAUACUUAGAUGACCCAAACACUGGGGUGCGAAUGUUUGAAAGUGCUGAAAUAGUGGAGUAUCUUCAAGCAACCUAUGCCCUUUAAUAAUAAGUCAUUUUCAAGGACAAGUAGGGCCUAAACUCCAAUGUAAUCCCUCUACCCCACAUCACCAUAAAGAGACUUUUUGCCUGAUAAUUGAGGCCUUGAGGUCGGCCAUCUGAUCCCUGAACUUUCGAGUUUACGUGUAAGUGUAUAUUCUUCAAUAUGGUUUUACUAGAGACACCGUGCCAAAAAUGACCUAUUUUCUUUGUGUGGUCUACUAAAAAUGUCUAGUAGUAGGGGAUGGUGCUAUUACUAUUCAUAUUCACAUGUAUAGUCUUCACUCUAUAUAUUCUUCUAUCUCCAACUUUUAACUCAAUUAUAUGCAUGCUCCUGGUAGAAAAACCCAA